AUGGACGACGUCAAGGCCAAGCUGCGUCUGGAGAUGAGGGAGGUUGAGAGACUGAGGGCCACUGUGGACGCGAAGGACCUGGAGUUGGAGCGGGUGAACGGGGAGCUGGCCGCCUGCCAGGCCAGGCUGGGGGAAGUCGAAGGCGCCUGCAGGGCGGCGACGGACGAGGGCGCCAACCUCAAGGCCAUGAUUCAGCAAUGGCGGGCAGCAGCAGAGGCGGCACAGCAGAAGGUCAACGACUGGCAGACCGCGGCCGCUGAGCAGGAGGUGGGCGGCAAGGCCAUCGAAAGGGACGACCCACCAUUCCAGGCUAAGUACCGUUCGAUGGAGGAGUUCCUUCUGGCUGCUCUGCAGAAGGUCAGCACAAGCUACGAGCAACAGGAGGCGACGCUGCUGCGCGUGGGGAACCUGAUUAAAGCAAUUCAGCCCGAAGCCAUGGAGGUGGAGGAGAGCCCCAAGGUCGCCCAGGGCGAGGCUGUGACGCUCAGGGCCCGAGACACCACCCUGCUCGCCGCGCCCCGCCACGAGCAGGGCGCGCCGCAGAUGCAGGCGGACUGCCGUGAGCACGCUGAGCUGGAGGCCGCCGAUGACAGAGACGCAGAGGCAAGCAAGGCGGUUGCACGCGGCAUCUGCUAA